UGCAAACUGCAAUCUUACAACAUUAAAAAAAAAAAAUAAAAAUAACAACAAAUAUUCCCAAUCAUCUGAGAAUAUCAUAUCCCCUCCCAAUAAUCCCCAUAUAGAUCAACAGUUUGGGUAGAUAAGACUGGCAAAAGAAAAAAAAAGAUGGAUCCUGGACGACGUGCUAUGAUUUAUGGCCGUAAGUCACCCCCUCGCCGCGAUAUCACAUCUCCCAGACGUGAUCUCAAUAAUAGAAUCACCAAGUCAUCGCGGCCCACCCAAAACAAACCGUCCAGUUCUACGACUACAGCGACCCAACCCACACAAAAUUGGCUCAGCCAAGAUGAGCAGUCCCGACAAUUUGUCGCCGACGAGGAUAAGUUUGUCCUAAAACAGGCCAAGAAGAAGGCCGAUAUCCGAGUAAGGGAAGGACGAGCAAAGCCUAUCGACCUCUUAGCCUUUAAUCUACGUUAUAUCGAUACGGACCGCGACGUAUUUGACGACGACGAUGCCGACAUAGAUAUCGACGUUCCUGCACCCGGCACCGUUAUAGAAGGGUUAAAGGAAUCCGCCCUUGAUGAACUCGAUACUGAUAUCACACCCUACUUGACUCUGGAAACGAAUAAAAGGAAUCGAGAAUACUGGAAGGCCCUACAAACACUCUGUACCGAUAGAAGACAACGACUCAAACCCAUGGGCCCUGAGGAACGUGUUGUCAAUUCAGUCAGCGCCGACGUGGACAAAAUUCUCGGUCCGAAGAAUCUCGAACAGCUAGAGAAGCUGGAAGGCCAGAUACAGGCUAAGCUGCGUUCGGAUGAGGUGAUGGACACCGAUUAUUGGGAACAGCUACUCAAGAGCUUGCAAAUCUUCAAGGCGAAAGCUAAGUUGAAAAACAUCUGCGAGGAAAUCAGAGAAAGCAGAAUAAAGUUAUUGCAAGACAAGAAUCCCGAAAAGGCGAAGGACCUUGCCGAGCCACAAACAUUUGGGAGUGUCGUCCAUGCCGGAUCAAAGGAUUUGGCGACAACUUCUGCUCCGAAGUCAAAGCUUACUGCAGCCGUUACUUCUGCGGCUAGUAGCUCGACCAACGCACCACCCCCCGGUACUGCUAGAUUUGCGACGAGCGGCAACGAGGACUUUUCCCAAGCCACGAAGGCUCUUUACGAGCGAGAGGUUGCGCGGGGGAUAAGCGAGAACGAGGAGAUAUUUUCAGCUGAAGAGACAGUUCCGAGCGCCACGAAACCGCAGUGGGCGGAUAAAUACAGACCUCGGAAACCGCGAUAUUUCAAUAGGGUGCAGAUGGGAUAUGAGUGGAACAAGUAUAAUCAGACGCACUACGACCACGAUAACCCGCCACCCAAAGUCGUUCAGGGCUAUAAAUUCAACAUAUUCUAUCCCGACCUCAUCGACAAAACGAAAGCACCCACAUUCAAAAUCAUUCGCGAACAUGGAAGGAGAAGAGGAGAGUCUUUUGCACCGGCCGGGGAAGAAGACACCUGUUUGAUUCGCUUCAUCGCUGGUCCGCCGUAUGAGGAUAUUGCAUUUCGUAUCGUUGACCGGGAAUGGGAUUAUAGUGCAAAGAAGGAUCGCGGAUUCAAGAGCAGCUUCGACAAGGGCAUUCUUCAACUUCAUUUCCAAUUUAAAAAGAUUUACUAUCGAAAGUAGAAAAACUAAGUCAUCAUUUGCCGAUGCGUUUUCAACAGCAAACGCAAACGAUUUGGCGCCUUUCAGCCACUACACACUGCACGAUACGGAUUUGUACCAAUUGGUAUUAGCGGGAAUAAAUCUGGCCGGCGUAUGGGAAUAACAUUAGCAAGUGAUUGGAAAAGAUUUAUUGCGUCGUGGAAGUGCAUCGGAGAAGUGCGAAUCGCUUUAGUCUCGGUUACACAACGUUACGGAAAGUUACCUUAACUUCCCAAACCGCCUUAUAGGGGUCUUACUAUUACUAGGAAGAGGCAUUCUAGUUAGGGGGUGUUUCUCAUGGGCUUGUCAAUAGCGAAGAGAUGGGAGCUUUGGCCUACUGUGAAGUCGAUAUUCAUCUCUGAGUAUGUUCUAUUAGCGACUAAAAUGGAAAGUGAAUAGAUGGUGAAUGUUGAGUGAACGUGAA